CAGCCAGACGACUCAGUCUUUCCGAGCAGCAGCAACCUCCCGGACAUCUGCGGGCGCUUUCUGGAAGGGAGAUGGCUGUUUUCCGGCUGUCGCUGCUGCUGCAAGUGGGAUUUGUGAUCGGAUCAAACCAUAAAUACGCGGACUGGUCCUCGCACGGGGAAGAGACCGGAGCACGGGCGGAGGUUUACGGCGCUCAGACGCACCGUCGGCAGCUGGCGCAUCUCCGCGCGCCUCGUCCUCCUCCUCCUGCUGCUGCCGGGGAGGCGGCGGAGCUGGCGCAGCAAAUCGAGGAGAGUCUCCCCCGGGUGGUCGCGGCUUUCCUGCACACGGGGGACUCGACCACCUUGAAACACGCCAACUGCUCGCGGAGGUACGAGAUCGCCUCUCUGCGGGGAAGGUCACACGCCGCCCCGCAUCACUCCCUGGGCAGCGUGCUGGACACGGUGCUGCACGCCACCAACUUCCUCAACGUGGUUCUGCAAACCAACAGGUCCAGGGAGCAGAGUCUCCGGCGAGACAUUGAGUGGUACCAUGCCCUGGUGAGGAGUAUACUGGAGGGAGACGCCAAGAUCCACCGGGCUGUGGUCACUUUCAGCGCGGAUUCAGCCGUGGCCGGGCCCUCGAUGCUCCUCCAAGCCACCAGGGCCGGUGGAGAGAUCGUCCUGCAGGACCUCUCCAGCGUGGCCCACCACCAUCUGCACAACCGCACAGCGGACACAGAGUGGUACCACGAGGUCAAAGACAGGAAGAAGCCCACUUUCCAUAAGAGGGUGCUGAGCCAGGACUUUAAACCAGUUGACAGAUCUUUGAACAGAGGAGAGAGUUUCAUCCCUGACAAGACGCAUGUGAAGUGGUCCGCUCCCUACCUGGAGUGUGAGAAUGGGAAUUUUGCUCCUCGGUGGCUUUUGACCCUAUCGGCGGCUUUCUACGGCCUCAGGAACAACCUGGCUCCUGAGUUCAGGGGCGUGGUGCGAGUGGACAUUAAUCUGCAGGAUGUUGAUAUCGACCAGUGCUCCACUGAAGGCUGGUUUGCUGGAACCCAUCGAUGCAACCUGACCACCAUGGAGCUGCAGGUUUUCUUUUUAAGUGCCACCAUUCCAGCAAUUGAAUUUGACAAAACGCAGCGGUUCCAGCCAGCAGGGCCAGGCAGAGCCGGCUCCCUGGCCUCGCCUUGCAUCCUGCCUCUCAAGCUGCUGUCGGCCCAGCCAAGCGUGCAGCGCGAAAUAACCAAGUGCCGGCAGGACUCUGUGGACUUUAUCCCCGGGAAGCCGCAAGUCAUCAGCCCUGUGUGUUAUGCCAGGACGGGGGACAAGGGGAAAGCGGCAGACAGCGGUCCCAACGCGGACGAGGCGUCCUCCAGCGACUGUCUGCCGUGCCAGCAGGGCUGUGCCUUCUGCAAGGACGACACCCCCUGCGUGGCCCGGGAGGACGGCGCCCUGCGCAUGGCCGUGGUCUCCUUCCAGUGCCUCUGCAUGCUGAUCGUCUUCAUCAGCAUGGUGCUCGUCUACUACUUCCGCAGGAAUAAGAGUAUCAGAGCGUCUGGUCUCGUCCUGCUGGAGGCCAUCCUGUGUGGAGCCCUGCUGCUCUACUUCCCGGUCGGGAUUCUUUACUUCCAGCCGAGUGUUUUCCGAUGCAUCCUGCUGCGAUGGGUCCGACUGCUGGGUUUUGCCACCGUCUACGGGACUCUGACUCUGAAGUUGUACAGGGUGCUGAAGGUGUUCCUCUCCCGGACAGCCCAGAGGAUCCCCUACAUGACCAGCUGGCGAGUGCUGCGUCUGCUGGGCAUCAUCCUCCUCAUCGUCUGCUGGUUCCUGGUUGCGUGGACAUCUGCCGUGUGUCAGAACCCGGACAGGAAGUCCACCCUCAUCGACGUGAGCUACACGCCCGACGGGCUGCAGUUCAGCAUGUGUCUGCUGGACCGCUGGGACUACAUGAUGGCUGUCGCCGAGUUCCUCUUCCUGCUGUGGGCAGUGUACCUGUGUUACGCCGUGAGGACGGUGCCGUCGGCAUUCCACGAGCCGCGCUACAUGGCCAUCGCCGUCCACAGCGAGCUCGUCCUCUCAGCGAUAUUCCAUGUGAUCAGGUUCACUCUUGCCCCUGAGCUCCAUCCAGACUGGAUGCUACUGCUGUUCUUCACCCACACCCACCUAACUGUCACAGUGACACUUGGUCUGCUUCUCAUUCCUAAGUUCCUGUUUGCUGGCGCCCACAUGAGAGACGAUAUAGCCUCUGAGGCCUACGAGGACGAGCUGGACAUGGGUCGCUCUGGGUCGUACCUAAACAGCAGCAUAACCUCUGCAUGGAGCGAACACAGUUUGGACCCUGAGGACAUUCGGGAGGAGUUGAAGAAACUCUACUCCCAGCUGGAGAUUUACAAGAGGAAGAAGAUGCUGGCGAACAAUCCUCAUCUCCAGAAGAAGCGCAGCUCCAAGAAAGGGCUGGGUCGCUCGCUGAUGAGGCGCAUCACCGAAAUCCCUGAAUCUGUCCACCGUCAAUGCAGCCGGGAAGACAAGGAGUUGGGGGAGCAUGGGAGCAAUCGUAACAGCAUUUGCAUGUUGAAAAAGAAUCCCUUUGAUCCGCCUCACCCAGGAAAACCAGCCAAGGAGGAGACGCUGAAGAACAAGGUGUUCUCCCUGAAGAAGUCCCACAGUAGCUACGACCACGUCCGCGACCAGAACGAAGACUCCAACAGCUCGACAACAGACAAGAUGGAGGUGACCCCGGCAGAAGGAUCCCUCCUGGAAACACUUAUGGGCAAGAAACUGGUCAAGAAGAAAUCUAGUGAGAAUGUAAGUGUCCCCAGCGAUUCCACAGAAUGCGUCCCUUUGGUCUGCAAGUCUGCCAGCGCCCAUAAUCUCACUGCAGACAAGAAACCACUUCAUCCGAAGGCUUCAAUGCUGCAGAAGUCACUCAGUGUCAUCGCCAGUGCCAAAGAGAAGACUUUGGGUUUGACAACAGGAAAGGCCCCGAGUGCAGAGGACAACAAUAAGAAGAGUCAGUCAAAGUGCAAAGACACGAGGGCCAGUGCAGAGCCAGAAAACGAAGGCCCGUCUAAGAUGAUUAUCAGCCAGUCGGUUGAAUACAAACAGACUGUGGCGAAAGGUACGAUCAUGAAACAGCCGGUUAGCGGCAGCGAGCCAUCAAUCUGUUCCGAUCCAGUCAAGGGAAAGGACCUCUACGAUCUCUCAGAGGUUUGCCCCUGGGAAGUGGAAGAUGUCCCCACUCCAACUGAAAACAAAGUCCAAAAGCACGUAUCUAUCGCACCAAAGGAAACCACGACAGUUCAUGGAGGGAGCACCAAGGGAGGCAAAUCUCAGCAGAAGCAGAAAUCUUCUGAUCACUCGAGUGGCAGGAAUUCAAAGGAGAUUCAGAAGACGACUGCUGUUCGGGCUGAGGUUUGUCCCUGGGAGGACGGGGGUGAGAGUAACGUUAGUCAAGGGGAAGGGUCAAAGCAACAAUUAUCUAGUCAGACUAGUCAAUAUGCUAAAACACAGCCUCCGCCUAAUUCUGCAGUAGGAAGCUCCAAAAAAGCUCCGGUAGACGUUUGUCCUUGGGACUUUGAGGAGCCUCAAACAACAACAGAAGUGUCUCGCUCAUCAGAUACGACGAAGCAGAGAAAGGGCACAUCUCCUGUGGAUUCUAGAGGGAAAAGUGUCCUUUCAGAUCCAUCCAAAGUAGGAGGCUCCCUCGAGCCACCAACUAAAGCUGAUGUGUGUCCCUGGGACUAUGACAGCACUGCAGUAUCUCCAAAUUCUGAGAGGACGCCUAGUCCCUCUCAAGUUGCCAAAACCAAGGAAGACCUUUCAAAAAAGAAGGCUACCCCUUCCACAAGAACACUUGAAAAAGAGAAAUUAAAAGACACUGAUGAUGAGAAAAGUAGAACAAAAUCUAAGGACAAGAGUAAAUCGUCAGAGAGACACGCAAUUCCGCAAAAGCUGGCCGAGGUUUGCCCGUGGGAUGUAGAGAGUCAGCAGGAGAUACCGUUGGUGGAAAAAAGGAAAAGUGCAAAUGUUGGAGCAGCCAAACCAAAACCGGCUGAAGUCUGUCCAUGGGAGUUUGAGGAUACGUCGGCUAAUAAAGGUACAGACAAAAGUGCUUCUGUGGUCAAACAGAGCAAUCCAAACCCGAAAGGCGGCGUGGAAGCUGCUGCUAUAAAGGCAGAUGUUUGUCCCUGGGACUUUGAGGAGAGCACAUCAAGCAAGCAGGCAUGACACUAAAACCUUAACGGACUUCUGAAAUUAUAGUUAUUGAUGUACACUUUUUUUCACUCUGAAAAUCGUUAAAUAUUACCUUUUACUAUUAGUCUGGUGACUUGGAAGAAAAGUAGAUCAAACUCCACAAGUUGCCUUCCUUUCCGAGGUUUUGUUCCUGUUUUACCUAUUUUGAAAAAUAAGUAAAAUGUACAAAAAAACGACGUCGUGACGAGCAUUCCAGAUUAUUACAGGAACAUCCUGAAGUUAAAUUGUAGACAAAUUAUGCAACUUUUGAUUCAGCCUUUUCACUUCAUGUGCAAUGUUGAAAAUCUGCAUUUAUCAUGUUCUGUACUCAAGUUUUUAUUUGUAGAGCAUUGACUUCAUUGCUUCCUGGUCAAGGAUAUGAAAUAAUGGUUUAGAGAAAGAAUAUUGACCGUGAAUUAAGGUUUGAAGUAUGAUAAGAAACUGCAGAAGUGAACGCCAAAGAAAAUGGGAACAUUUGGAAGGAGGGACGUCGGUCUUUAGGCGGUCACGUUAAUUUAUUAUUUUGUGUCUAAAAUCUUGGCAGAGAGGGAAGGACUCAGUGAGAAAAUCAAUCUAUAGCACUUUAGCCAACCCCAUUAAUUAAGAACUGAGGUUGGACUCUUGUUCUUCUUGUACACUUUGUAUUUUCAAGCUCAUGGCAUGAUACACACAACGACCAAAAUUAGUCAUUUUUUUUUUUGUUUAGACCUAUUUAAUUGUAGUUCUCGGCAGAUUAAAAUGCUUCCAGGUCUGCUGGGAUGUACUGUAUGUGCCUAACCAACUAGCAUUGUCUUGUAUUAGUCUGAAGUAAAGCGAAUGGGUUCAUCUUGUGACGUUGACUUUAUAGAAACAGCAUGCACAGCCAGGUAUCGAGGGUAGUCGGAUGCUACCAGUUUGUCGACUAAGGCAAAUUAAUGUCUUGACAAGUGUAUAAUGUUGUUGUUUUAUUUCCAAAAGCUCGUUCAGGUCGGUGAAGAUUAUACGAGAGCAGCACUAAACAUGAAUGUGUGUUAACAUGACUCAAAUGUAUGCUGUAAAAAGUAGGGCAAGAGAAAUUAUGUGAGUGUGAAACUGGAGGAAAAUUAUUCGCACCAGCUUUGUUUAUAAAUCCAGCAUGGGUUGUGUUUAGGUCGGCUUGUAACAAGUGUGUCUGUGUGUUUGAGUUUGUAUGAGAGUUAAUAAAGUUAAACCACUUUCCUUAACGAGUAACCUGCGGAGCUUAGACUGUGGCUGGGUCCAGAAUCACUCACUGAUCACUACAUAGUCCACUAUAUAGUGAGAUCGCUAUUUUCUAGUGCUGUACGAAUGUUUAGUGAAUUUUUGGGUGAUUUCGGACACAGCUUGUAUAUAAAGAUGGACGACAUUCCAACUCCCCAAAAUUGAAGCCAAAUUGUUUGGAUUGCCCCCUGGUGGCUGGCUGCAGUAUAUGUUCUAAACCCAGCCUCCUCCAUGUUAGUGGAUGGGACAUGGACCAAAUUAAAAAGUAGUUUUUCUCAGGUAGUAAGAUAGUGGUUAUCACACGGACCAUACUGUACGUUCAAGUUUUUAAUUAAGGUUUUAAUUAGUUAUUUGAUCCUAUAGAAACAGAGAGAAAUAUCAUGAUUGACCAAUGAGAUUGAUUUGCGAGCUUACGGGUUCAAGAUGGCCGUGUGCAUAUCUGAAAUAAGUUAGCUUCAGGUUCGUACGAGGGGAAGUUGAGUCUAUCUUUUAUUUACAGUCUGUUCUCUGGAGUCUGAUUCAUGAUCAAGUCCUAACGGCUCCUGUUUUCUCCUCAAAGGUUGAACUUGCCACAACUUAGUUUACAAACAGCUGAUGGGAAUCACUGCUUUAUAAGUAAUUCUGGUUUGUUAUGACUUUAUUUUUUAGCUCUUGGCCAUGAUUUCUGUCAGUAACAGUAACAUUGUACUUAAAAAUUCAGGUUAUGAGUCAUUUUGAAUGAGUCGUCAAUUGAUUUACAGACGCGUCCUUCUCAUCCCUGUUUUCACUCAUUUCUGCGGCCAUUGUUCUGUUGCCACUUUCUGUGGAUGAAGCUAUUUGUACGGCUCUGGCACCAGAAGACAAUGGCCCCAGUUUGUAAUCCCACUUCGGGAGACGGGAAACCACAGCACCACAACCAUUUACUCUAAAUUACCUCUGAAUAAAAUGGUUUAUAUGAGCUAUUAUUAAUGUUGCUUUGUUUCCAGAGCCCAGUAAAUCAUUUGGUUAGUUAAUAUUACUAUAACUGACAGAAACAAUGGCCAUUUACAAAAAUAAAACAUGUCUUUUGUUUGACCAAUGAUACUGAAGGAUAAUUAUGAUUGUUCUGCCAUAAUUUUUCUUCUGUGAGUGUUGAAAGUUCACAAGUAGCAUAUUUGCAUGUUCCUCCCUGUUUAAUGCAGAGUAGGCUAAAACCCAACCGAUUAAUUACGCUAAUAAUAACUUUAGAUUAGCUUUAGCAACGUGGUUUUAUCAAUUAUUCAUUUGACUAAACCUUUUGAAGGUUUUGAUUUGUUUCCUCGUUUUGCAUCAAAAUGUCUAAAUAGUCAUCACUCUCCAUCCUGGGAUCACAGUGGAAAAACAAUAUAGAAAAUGUCCCACUUAUAUUCAAAAUAAACACCUGAGAAUAUUUGCAGUAAUGUGAGUAUCAAUAUAGCAUCUAAAGUACUUUAUGAUAUAUUGUGAGAAUUACAUGGUAUCACUGAAUGUCGUCACUGAGUGUAAUUAUCUGUGAUUGCUGUCAAAUUCCUCUCGACAUGAUAUACGACCUCUGUAAGAGUCCUUACUAACUGUGAUAUGGAAAAAACAAAAUCUGUGCUCGUCAGUGAGCAUUUUACUUUGAAGUCCUCAUUCGAUUAAACAUAGUUCGUAAACGGCUAAAUUUCUGUAGCACAUAAAAACGGAAAACAGUCCAGUGACAAAUAUUUGUAGCCGUUCUCGUCCAAUUGUGCUUGACGUGCCGACGCAACUCCACAGCUCGACUCCAUGAACAUGAGUUAGACGUCGGGUCUUAUAUCAGCCUCCGCCGACUGGGAAAUUACCUCAGUCAU